AUAGCUCAAAAGGUAAGCUCAAAUCUUUCAACUGUCCUUUCACUGCUGCAUUCGCCGCAUAUUACUGGAUUGGACGUAUGUUGUAGCACUCGUGUUUGUUACCCAGGAAAAGAAGCAUAAUUUCGUUUCAGCUAGCUCCUUACCAAACUACUCAGAGUAAAAUGGGUAUACUGGUGAUUACGGUGGACCUAGACUGCUGUCGCUGCAGAGCCAAGAUCACCAAGGUCCUGGACAGCCUCAAAGAGGAGUUCUGCAUCGAGAAGGUGGAGUUCGAGGACAAGAAGGAGAAGAAGGUGGUGGUGGUGCGCGGGAAAUUCGACCCCGAGAAGCUCUGCAAGAAGGUCUGGUGCAAGGCCGGGAAUAAGGUCGUGAAGGAGAUCAUCAUCGUGGACGUCUGGCCGAUUCCACCCAAGCCACCCAAGCCUGAGGAUCCCAAGCCUGAGAAAUGUUGCUGCUGUGAGCACUGCAAGCCCAAGCCUGACAAAUGCUGUGACUGCGAGCACUGCAAGCCCAAGCCUAAGCCUGAGGAACCAAAGCCUAAGCCGCCUGAGGAUAAGCCUAAGCCGCCGCCGGCGCCGAAAACACAGUACAAGUUUGUGCCGUACCCGUACCCGCUGCCGCCGAACGCCGGGAUGUGCCAGAGCUGGCCAUGGCAGUGCCCGCCUCAGCUGCAGUGCCAGUGCUGCGAGAAGCCGCAGCCUCCGCCACCGCCACCACCACCACCACCGUGCACCUGUUGGAGCCACGGCAGCCACUGUGGCGGCUGUGGCCAGACACCGCCGUUCUGGCCACCGCAGCCGCCUGUCUGGCCGCCUCCGUGGGCCGGCUGCAAUGUCGUCGCCGAUGAGAACUCGUGCUCUGUCAUGUGAUCCAUGGCAGGCUAUACAUGCAUGAUUAUCAUCUGUUCGCCAUGCAUUGGCCUGUUGCUGCUGUGCUGCGAUUAGUGCUGGACCUCGCAGACCUGAAUAAUAAUCUGACACUAAGUUCGGUCGUCGGUGCCAUUCGUGUGCAGAUGUGCUUGCUUCCUGCAGUGUGUGUUAUACGAAUUAAACAUUUUGUCAUGCCUUGUUUUGUACACGUAGUCAUUGUGUGCUAGCUUCCAACUACGUACAAUUAAUUUGCCCUUUGUAAUGUGAUAUUCAUGUCUUCGUACGAGUUUUUCGUAA